AUGAAGAAGUCACCCCACCAUUCAACUUCCAAUCACAGCACAGAUCGUACACGCAAAGCUUAUAGAGUCGAUUCCAGCUCAUCUCAUGGAGAUGGCAAUAUAUCGGAUUCGUCUACUACAGCAAUUUUAAGUAAUGGGAACAAGAGGCACGAUCCAAGUGGAAGACACAAGAAAAAGAUAUAUGCGAUCGGGUCAGGUAAACGAAAUCAAGAGACUAGUAGUACUUCUAGAAAGAAAGAAGAGAAACCCCGAACCUCCAAUCAUCCCUACAGUCAGAUCAUAACACCCGAUCAAAAAGCCCAUGAAGAAAAACAAAGGUCCUCCAAACGCACAGAAUAUCCCGCCGAUCCUAUUACGCUAGUUCGACAGGAUUGGAGCACCGGUGAUACGUGGGCACCCUGGCUUCGAGAAAUCGAGGACCUUGGAAAGCUGGCUCAGGAUGUCGGUGAUAUCAAGAAACAAGGUUUGACACCAUGGAAGGCCAACAAGGAGUUAGAUGAGCUUAUGAAAAGGAAAGGCCAUCUCCUCAAAAAGACCAACAGUUCCUCAGAAGCAGAUGUCCCCGAAAAUAAACGUUUAUGUAAUUUGGUUGAUCUUAAGAUUGUUACAAUGAUCUUAAUGCGUUCAAAUCAUCAUAAUCUUACUGAAUCCAAAUACACAUUUUACGUUAAGGUCACAUAA